CUUUCGCCCUCAUCAUGAGGCCCUCCUCGCUCUUUACCAUCGUUCUCGCAGCCGUCCUUGUGAGCGCUGACCGGCUCACGUUCCGUGGAUGUCAAGACAAGGUCAAGGAGAGCCUCGUUUCGCCCCCGCGUGGAUGGGUCCAGCACGCCCCGGCUCCACAGGACCAAAUCAUCCGCCUCAAGAUUGCGCUCGCCCAACCCAGCUUUGGCGAGCUCGAGGAACACCUACUCGCCUCGAGCGACCCGGCUCACGAGCGCUAUGGCAUGCACUUGUCAAAGGAGGACGCUCACACGCUUAUGGCGCCCAGCCAGGAUAGCAUCGACAUCGUCAGCGAGUGGCUUUCAGAACAUGGGAUUGGGGAAGAGUAUCUCCAUCGGUCGGCUGCGAAGGACUGGAUAACCAUACAUGUGCCUGUGAGCUUGGCGGAGGACAUGUUUAACACGCAAUUCCAUGUCUACAAACAUGUCGAGUCUGGCGACACCUUCAUCCGCACGACCCAGUAUAGCCUUCCCUCCGUCUUGCACGAUCAUGUCGACCUCGUCCAACCCACGACAAUGUACGCGCGUUUCAAGCCUAUGAGCAACACGCUCCACUUCAUGGGAGGAAUCACCCAGGAAUUUGAGUUCUCCGCGGUCACUGGCAGCAUCACCGGGCCCGCAGGCAACGCGAUAAACGCAACGUGCAACUACGAGAUUACACUCGACUGUCUCCGCGAGCUGUACAACGUGGGUAGCUACACCCCGUCGGGUACAAGCGGGAACAAGCUCGGUAUCACGGGGUACUUGGACGAGUACGCAAACUUUGAAGACUUCCAAAACUUCAUGAAACUUGAAAACCCUGCCGCAGUUGGAUCGAACUUCUCGGUCAUUGCUAUCAAUGGGGGACAGAAUAACCAGACGCUUUCCGCAGCUGGUCUCGAAGCCAACCUGGACGUCCAGUUCGCGUUCGGCAUGACACACCCUACACCAGGCACUUUCUACACCACCGGCGGAGCACCUCCUUACACCCCAGAUAAGAUGGAACCGACCAACACCAAUGAGCCUUACCUUGACUGGCUCGACUACAUCAUGAACCAGACAGACAUUCCUCAGACGAUCUCUACUAGCUACGGUGAUAACGAGCAGACCGUACCUCCAAGCUACGCGGACCGCGUGUGCAAAGGUUUCGCUGCUCUUGGUUCCCGCGGCAUCUCGAUUCUUUUCUCCUCUGGCGACGGCGGUGUCGGAGACAACGACGAGGACCCCUCGACUACAAACUGCACUGCCAACAACGGCACCGAUGCCACCACUUUCCUUCCUAGUUUCCCUGCUAGCUGUCCUUACGUCACCUCUGUCGGCGCAACCGUGAACGUCCCAGAGGUUGCUGCCAACUUCUCGGGAGGCGGGUUCAGCAAUUACUUUGCUCGCCCUUCAUACCAGGAUUCGGUCGUGAAGGGAUACCUAUCCUCCAUCGGCUCCGAAUAUGCAGGGCUGUAUAACUCAACCGGCCGAGCCUACCCCGACGUUUCCGCCCAAGGCGUCAACUACGUUAUCAUGUACAGAGGCGCGCCGACCAACGUCUCCGGCACGUCCUGCUCGUCGCCCGCGUUUGCGAGCCUUGUGUCGAUGCUCAACGACGCGCGCCUCCAGGCCAACAUGUCCACGCUCGGGUUCCUCAACCCGCUCCUGUACUCCCGGGGUGUCGCUGCGCUCAAUGAUAUCACCGAAGGGAGCAAUCCUGGGUGCGGGACGAAGGGGUUCAAGGCGACGAAGGGAUGGGACCCCGUCACGGGCCUCGGUACGCCGAACUUUGGCAAGCUGAAGGAUCUUGUGCUGGGGAACUCGACGCAAUGACUGCCCAGCGGGGCUCGUGCUCGCGAGCCCUACCUUUACCGGGUGAUAUACACCGGCUUGGCGGGUGUUGGUGUUCCUUUGUUGUUUCUCGGACUCGUGUUUUGAGUAAAUGUAUAUACGUUAUUUACCGAUAAUUCGACGGACAAUUGGUUUUACUUCGGG